AUGAGUCGGGUAUUGGCCGGGCCAUACUGCACGCAAAUUCUGGGCGAUUUAGGAGCAGAGAUCAUCAAGGUCGAGCACCCAGUCCGAGGCGACGACACGCGCGCGUGGGGCCCGCCCUUUGCAGCCUACAAUGACGGCCGGGCCGGCAAUGGCGAAAGCGCAUACUACCUUUCUGUAAAUCGUAACAAAAAGUCCCUCGGUCUCUCCUUCGCCCACCCGGAAGGUGUGCAAAUCCUCCACCAGCUCGCCCGUGACUGCGACGUCUUGGUCGAAAACUACCUCCCGGGCUCACUUAAGAAAUACAACUUGGACUACGAAACACUCCGCAAAAUCAACCCCCGCCUCAUAUAUACAAGUAUCACGGGCUAUGGCCAGACAGGUCCGUACAGCGACCGACCCGGCUUCGACGUGAUGGUUGAGGCUGAAUUUGGACUUAUGCAUUUGACCGGCACGCGUGAUGGGCCGCCCGUCAAGGUUGGGGUUGCGGUGACUGAUUUGACGACGGGGUUGUAUGCGUGCAAUUCCGUAAUGGCGGCGUUGUUGGCACGCGCGAAUACGGGAGAGGGGCAGCAUCUUGACGUUUGUCUGAGUGAUUGUCAGGUUGCAACGCUGGCGAAUAUGGGGGAGUCCGUAUUGAUUAGUGGGAAGAAGGAUUCUGGAAGAUGGGGGACUGCGCAUCCAUCCGUUGUCCCGUAUCAGGGAUUCAAGACUGCCGAUGGGGAUAUCUUUGUCGGUGGCGCAAAUGAUCGUCUAUUCGGGGUUCUUUGUGACAAGAUUGGCAAGUCGGAGUGGAAGACUGACCCCCGGUUCGUCAGUAACAAUGAACGAGUCAAUAACCGAGCUGUGUUGGAGCCUUUAAUUGAAGGUGAACUGGUCAAGCGCAGCACGCAACGAUGGCAGGAGAUCUUCGAAGGCAGCGGAUUGCCAUACGCCGCUGUGAAUGAUAUCCAGGGGACAAUGAACCAUGAGCAUGUGCAGGCUCGCGGUAUGGUGCAGACUAUUGAUCAUCCGGCUUGUGGUCCGAUCAAGGUCAUCAGUCCGCCGGUGAAGUAUUCCAAUGCGGAGCCUAGCAUUCGCAGCCCCCCUCCUUUGCUUGGAGAACAUACCGAUGAGUUACUUCGGGAUGUGGUUGGAUUGAGUGUUGAGCAAGUAGAGGAGUUGAAGGGCAAGGGCGUUGUUGCAUAA